CUUGCCUGGCUGCCGGGCCGGCAGUGGGGGCUGCGCGGUGAAAGCUCGGGGAAACCGCAGCCCUGGUUCUCUUGGCAGCGCCAGUGCUGCCAGAGGUCAUUCAAAAAUUUGGGCAAACGAUCAAAAUGGAAAUAAGGAAACAACAGCAACUUAGCUGGGUUGGACGUAUCGUCUUUGAAUUAUUUGCUGACGUUGUACCUAAAACUGCUGAGAAUUUCCGUGCAUUAUGUACAGGAGAAAAAGGAACAGGGCCUACCACUGGAAAACCUCUCCAUUAUAAAGGAUGUCCUUUCCACAGAAUUAUUAAGCAGUUUAUGGUUCAAGGUGGAGAUUUCUCAAACCAAAAUGGCACAGGUGGCGAAAGUAUAUAUGGUGAAAAAUUUGAGGACGAAAACUUUCAUUAUCAGCAUGAUAAACCAGGUCUGCUGAGCAUGGCAAAUGCAGGACCUGGUACUAAUGGCUCUCAGUUCUUUAUUACAACGGUGCCUACUCCUCACCUGGAUGGGAAACAUGUGGUGUUUGGCCAAGUGAUCAAAGGAAUGGGUGUAGUUAAAAUACUAGAAAAUGUUGAAGUAAAAGGAGAAAAUCCUGCUAAGUUGUGUGUCAUCUCCGAAUGUGGAGAGCUAAAGGAAGGAGAUGACUGGGGAAUUACUCCCCAGGAUGGAUCUGGAGAUACUCAUCCAGAUUUUCCUGAAGAUUCAGAUAUAGACUUGAAAGAUGUUGACAAGAUUGUGGCCAUAGCAGAAGACACAAAGAAUAUAGGAAAUACUUUCUUCAAAUCGCAAAAUUGGGCAAUGGCAGCUAAAAAGUAUAGUAAAAGUUUACGGUAUGUAGAAGCUUCUGAAGCAGUGGCAGAGGAGGCAGACAAACCCAAGUUAAAGACUGUUGCUUUGACCUGUGUUCUAAACAUCGGUGCUUGCAAACUAAAACUGUCAGACUGGCAGGGAGCCAUUGAGAGCUGUUCAGAGGCUCUUAAAAUAGAUCCAGCAAAUACUAAAGCUCUCUACAGACGGGCUCAAGGAUGGCAGGGAAUAAAAGAUCUCGAUCAAGCACUGGCUGAUCUUAAAAAGGCUCAUGAAAUUGCCCCUGAAGACAAAGCUAUCCAGACGGAAACACUCAAAAUAAAGCAGAAGAUAAAAGCCCAAAAGGAGAAAGAGAAAGCAGCUUAUGCUAAAAUGUUUGCUUGAUUUUUUUCCCCUAAACAUUUAAAUCUAUGCACUAAUUCACGCAAAAGGAUAAAUGGAGCUGCUUCUUUCAUUUGCUCUCUGCUGCAGUUUUCAGUCGUUACUACACGAAAGUCUAAUAAUAAAGACAAACUGUUCAAAGGUGA